AUAUUUUGUUUGCAUUUGUUUUCGCGAUUAGUCUUUGAAUUGAGUGUCAAAUGUCUUCACUAUCGGUGUCCGUAAGCGUUGAGCCGUUGGAUGAAUAUGUGGUCCAAGAGAUCAAAUACGACGGACAGGAGAUGUAUAUCCAACCGCUCUCUAUGUCCGAGAACUUCACCAAAUCUGUCCAAAAGAUCGACUUCUUGAAGAUCGACAGCGACUCCAAUGAGACGACUGGUAACGGAUCCCAA